AUGGCUCAAGGCCACAAGUGUGCGACAACUCACCGCAAGAGUGAUGGUAUUUUGGCAAGGCCGUGGUCGCGGAAGUGGUUUAAGGAGCCGCGGUCGCGACGACCGGCUGAAUCAAGAGGAGCAGUGGUGAAAGCGACCGGCGGAGGAGGCUCGAGGCCGCGGGAGCGGGUUGCUCGGCCGGCUCAAGGCGCGGCGGCAGCGGACGCAGGGCGGUUCAAAGCGAAGCCACUUGGAGGCGACAACGGCAACCGCAGGUUUGACGCAAGGUCGACAAGUCAAAGCAGAGCCGCGCCGAGCCAACUUGAAGAUGAAAGUGGCGAUCCGAAGCAGUGGGGAUGCGCCGGCCAAUGGAAUCACAUGGUUGCGGCGUGUUGCAGCAGCUUGACGAAGGAGCACCACAGAGGACGGGGAUCCGGCAGCUCAAGACCGCAGCCACGCACGGCAGAGGCAGAGAGCAGGGCCGGUGGUCACGGUGUGGAGGACGGCGAUGACUCAGAAGCCACCGAAGCGCACGCGUGGCGGCAGAAACGGGCGCCUCAAAACGAGGCCGCGGGGGCCGGAGGAAUCCGGGUCGUGAGCGGUUCUGUUUCCGGAUCGUAG